AUGGGAAGCAAUUCAGGUGCAGUUUGGGAUUGGCAGCUUAAUUGGAGGAGACCUUUGUUCGAUAGUGAGAUCGCAAUGGCGGAUGACUUUAUUGGGAAGAUAGCUCAGAAGGAAAUCCUUCCACACAGAACUGAUUCCUGGUGGUGGAAACCUGACCCAGGAGGAAAAUUCUCAUCAAAAAGCGCCUACAUAAUGCUAUGGGGAGAAUUAACGGGGACAAAUCAGGAGGCUGCUUUUAAGGAUCUAUGGAAGCUAAAAAUUCCACCAAAAGCAGCUGUGUUCGCAUGGCGGCUAAUCAAGGAUUGUUUACCAACGAAGCUGAAUCUCAGCAAGAGACAAGUGGUGCUGAGCGACACCAUGUGCCCUUUCUGUUGCAAUCAUGAGGAGGAUGCUGCCCACUUGUUCUUUAACUGCAGUAAGACCCUACCUCUAUGGUGGGAGUCAUUAUCUUGGAUCGGAGUAGUGACUGCACUUCCACAAAAUCCAAGGGCUCACUUUUUGCAGCAUGGGCAUCAGCUUGUUGGUAACACAAAGUCUACAAGGUGGAAGUGUUGGUGGGUUGCAGUAACAUGGACAAUUUGGCAACAAAGGAAUAAAACAGUCUUCCAAAACCAAUGUUUCAAUAGUAGCAAAGUCAUGGAUGAUGCCUUACUACUACUUUGGUCCUGGCUCAAGUCCAACGACAAAGACUUUACAGUACAUUUUAACCAAUGGGCUACUAAUCUAACAUUAGGUUUCUGUACCUAG